AACCUAUUGGCAUCUAAUUAGUUCAGAUCAAUCUUUUCUACGUGUAACAUCUUGCCUACGCAGUUUUUUCGUUUCUUUAACCGAAGAAUAAUAUGGAGGAAGAGGAAGGAGAUACUGGAGAUCCAGAGUUCAUCAAGAAACAGGAACAGAAAAGAUCUGAGCUAGAUGAGCAACUGCGAGAGUACAUUGCAGAAUGGAGAUUGGUUCGCGUCAAAGAACAAGUAGAGCUAAAAAAACUAAAAGAGAAACAAGCCAAACGCAAAAUUGCCCGAGCUGAUGAAGAGAAAGCAACAGCUGAACGGAAAAAACAAGAGGAAGAGCGUAGGGUAAAAGAAAUUGAAGAGAAAAAAAUUAAGGAUGCUGAAGAUAAGAAGCAGCGACUGAUCGAUGCUGAGAAGAAGCGGCAAGCUAUGAUGGCCGCUCUCAAGGAGCAACAUAAGAAUAAAACUACCAACUUUGUUAUAAGGAAGAAGGCUUUGGCGGCAAGUUUGACUGAUGCGGAAAUGGAAAGAACCAAAACCAAAGAGCAACUUGAAGAAGAAAAGAAGAUCGCACUGUCCAUUCGAAUCAAGCCGCUAGCUUUGGAUGGCUUAGCAAUUGAUAAACUGAAAGAGAAAGCGACGGAGCUUUGGGAUAUUAUAGUAAAGCUGGAAACAGAGAAAUACGAUUUGGAGGAGAGGAUGAAGAGACAAGAAUAUGACCUGAAAGAAUUGAAGGAAAGGCAAAGGCAACAGUUGAGGCACAGAGCUUUGAAGAAGGGAUUGGAUCCGGAGGCUCUCACUGGACCUCAUCCGCCCAAAAUUCAAUUGGCCUCUAAAUACGAAAGACGUGUGGAUAUAAGAUCCUUUGAUGAAAGGCAAAGACUAUUCCAAGGGGGAUACGAUGCAGUAUAUUUGGAACAGCUGGAAAAAACAUGGAAAGAAAGAAUGCAAGAAUUCAUGACACGUCCCAGACGGCGCCUCCCUAGAUGGUGCGGAGAACGCCCUGGUAAAAAGCCAGGAGAUCCAGAAACUCCCGAAGGCGAAGAAGAAACAGCUAAAGGAGAUGAGAUCGAAGUGGAAGAUACGGUAGCUGUACAACCCAAAGAAGAAAUCGAGGAAGAAGACCUAGAAGAAGAGGAAGUGGAGGUGGAUGAAGAAGAGGACGACGACGAUGAUGAUGAGGACGAAGAGUAAAAUGUAAAAAUGCGUUUCAUAAUCCUAAAAAACAGCCAAAUGUAAUAGUUUUAGACAACCAAGCAACUACGGACGAAUAAAUAAUGUAAUUAAUA